CCGUGCUGAUUUGCUGCAGUGAAGACUGCAGCGUCUCCUGCCUGCCCUCCCCCCCCCCCCCCCACUCGUUCUGCUUACAGCAUCAGUCUGUAGCAAGUGCAUGCGAGCAGCAGUGAUAGCUCACCUAUUCAUGCUUUGGAAUGCCAGAGCGGUAAUACUCAGCCUCACAACACAGCAGCACUCCGACUCCACAGCCACAAGAUGCAGGCCAGCGCCGAUUCAACCCGGAUGGAAUGUCUCUGGAGCAACUGGAAAUGCCAGGCAAUUGACUUAUUAUAUUGGCGAGAUAUCAAGCAAACUGGAAUUGUCUUUGGAAGUGUCCUACUGAUGCUCUUCUCUUUGAUACAGUUCAGCGUUGUCAGUGUCAUGGCAUACUUAGCACUUGCUGCUCUCUCAGCCACAAUCAGCUUCAGAAUUUACAAAUCAGUCUUACAAGCUGUACAGAAAACUGACGAGGGACAUCCUUUCAAGAGCUACUUGGAUAUGGAAAUUUCUCUGUCUCAAGAACAAAUCCAGAAGUACACAGACUGCCUUCAAGUAUACACAAACAGCAUUGCAAAGGAGUUGAGAAGACUUUUCCUAGUACAGGAUCUGGUGGAUUCACUGAAAUUUGCUGUUCUAAUGUGGUUACUGACAUACGUUGGAGCUCUCUUCAAUGGACUCACACUUCUUAUCAUGGCGGUGGUGUCCAUGUUUUCUCUCCCAGUUGUAUAUGACAAGUAUCAGGCACAGAUUGAUCAGUACCUGGGACUUGUGCGGACAAAUAUGAACACCAUUAUGACCAAGAUCCAGGCUAAAAUCCCAGGAACAAAACAGAAAGAAUAAGGUGGACUGGGGAUAAUUCAAGUGUUGGUAAAUUAUUCAAGUCUAAUGUGGAAACAGCCGUGUUGCUACACUUCCGAUUUAACGCACCAUUCUUUUUAACACACCGUGUUCCCAGAAACAUCCAGAAAAAAAGCAAAGCAGCUCUCGGAGACCUGCUUCUCUGCUGUUAGAUAUACUUGCAAUCAGCUGUGUCAGACACUCAAGUAUAGUGAAGAGAUUCAAAAGUGUACUAGUUGUGUUCUUCUUGUGUUGCUAUAAAAUGCAUGACAUUGGAAGCCUAUGUAAGAUUUUAUUUCCCACCCUUUUUUAGUGUUUUUCUGCUUCUCUCUGCAGCGCUUCUAUAAAUUAAUGUGAUAUGUGGCUAGGGCUUCAUGCUUAGGACAAUGACGCAAUAGUACAAAUUUGCUUCUUUGUCUCUGGGCCGCUGGUUGGAUUUAUCUCAAUUAUAUAUAUAUAUAUACGUAGAACUGUAGACUCUAAUGUUUCGUGUUUUCCAGCACAAAAGUGAAAACAGUGUACGGUACCUCUAUCCGUUUUGUAUGACUAAACUUGCAGUACUCAUGUUUUAAGGGAUUGGGAGCCAGAUAUACAGUACAUGUAUGGUAUGUAGAGAGCGUCCGCUUGUUCAAUUUAUUACGAUUUGUAUUACUUUCUCUGUAGUUCCUAGUGAACUUCUGGACUGAAUAUUUGCACUUACUAUGUACUUGACACUGAAUGCCUAAAUAAAUGUUACUAAAUGUAUACGGUUCUCUUUUUGUUGAGCUUGUAAAAAUAUUGCAAUUCUAAGAGGUAAACAUCCUAGUGUCGCCCAAACUCUGAGAUUGAGACAAGUAUCGAUUACUUGACUGUAAAAAAAAAAAUGUCCCUUUUUCACUGGCACAGAUAACAUAUUUACUGUAUCUUUCUGCUGGCAGUAUCGUACCUCACCUACUGUUUCAAUACAAAUGGGAAUAAAGUGAAAUAAUUGCCAAUGUGUUGUUCUCUAUGUACUCAUUCACUGCAUGUGUCUACUAGGCCAUUUGGUUUGAUAGAACCAUGGCCCACUUUAAAGUGGACCUGUCACCCAGACACAAAAAGCUGUAUAAUAAAAGUCCUUUUCAAAUUAAACAUGAAAUCCAAUUUCUAUUUUUUAUUAAAGCAUUCAUAGCUGUUGUAAGCACAUUUAAACAUCUCAGCUGUCAAUCAAAUAUUGUCUGCCCCUCCUCUAUGCCUUGGGCAUAGAGGCGGGGCAGACAAUUACUUUCACUUUCCAUUCAGCACUUCCUAGAAAUCACUGCUCUCCCCACAUUUCCCCGUUCUCUUCACUGUUUAAUUGUGUAACCAGGGCAUGGGGAUGGACAUCAGGUCUCCAUUCUGGUGCACAAACAAGAUUCUGAGCUGAUACAAGGCUUGUCUUAAUAACAGUGUCCACAAAAUGGCUCCUGCCUGUUUGUUAUAAUUAUGAAUUCCCAGACUGAAGGAAACAAGAUUCAAACAAUUUAUAUUGCGUAAUUAAAGUUCAUUUUGCUUGACUGAUGUGAUAAAAUAGGAUUAUGAAUAAUUUUUUUGGGUGACGGGUCCCCUUUAAGUAGUAAAAAAAAAAUGUCAAAGUGCCCUUUAGGUACAAAACAACUACAGUAAAACCUCAAUUUUAAGUACCCUUAUUUUAAUGGGUGUAUUUGCCUGAUUUUAAGUAAUGUUUUCCCGGAUUUUACAUCAAAAUGUUGUCCUGAUGUACCAAAAACUGCCUUUUUUCCCCUCUAUGAAUGUUUUUAUUUGUGAAAUAAAAAGGUUUAAAUUACUAACC